CCGCGAAGAACAAAAGUACGCCGCGGAACGUUUCCCGCGCUCUGCCGCUUUGUUCCGAGUCCAGUAUCAACUAUAAACCGACACACUGACAACAUGGCAGGAAUCAUAGAUGUUCCAAAACCGAGGAUAAACUGCUCCAUGCUGUCGCAACACAUUAACAGACCGGUGUGCUUCGUUGGGCGGGUCGAAAAGGUUCACCCAACAGGAAAGACCUUCACUUUGUUAGAUGGAGAAGGAAAGGUCGCCACAGUGGAACUGAACGAGCCUCUGGAAGAGGAGCUGAGUGGCGUCGUGGAGGUGGUUGGUAUGGUCUCCAACAAAGGAGCGAUCAUGGCCACGACAUACAACAUCAUGCGAGAGGACAAAGGCAUUCCCUUUGAUUUGGAGCUUUACAACGAAGCCCUGAAGGUCGUCCACGACUUCCCACAGCACUACCCCUUUGAGGUGGCGUCCAGUGGAUAAGCACGGGCAUUAGAUGUGCUCACUAAAGUUGUUUGUUUUUUUCUGUUGUAUGCUUAAAUGUUCACAAAUGUCUAUUGUUCUAAAAAAAAAUUAAAACCAUUAAAAGAG